AUGAAGAGGAGUGAAAUCGUUGAUGCCUUAAGAGAAGAGUUCCAAGAAACACCCCUGGAAUUGGGAGGAGCAUCUUUGGACAAGCUCGCUUCAGAAAGUAAAGUUUCCCGGCUGAUGCUCGAACGUCAAGCAGAGAAAGAAGCAUUCGAAGAAGAGAACAUGUUCCGAUUGGCGAGAACGAAAGCAGACAAAAAAGCUCAACGGUUGCUUAAAGAAAAACAGAAAUUCAUUUUGGCUGGGGGCUCGACGUUGAAUGAAUUAACAUCAUUUGCGGAUUCUGCAAUUGAUUCAACAUUUGAUGAUCCGUCGUUGGGGUUUGGAGGAAGCAAAUCGACAGCCCGACUGGCUCAAAGUCUUUCUGCAGUGCAACAAGCAUCGGAUAGAUUAGAAAGAUCUAAGAAAGCAACGAAAUCACAAGAAAGCGAUUUCCACGUAACAGCAAGAGAAGUGAACAGGAGGAAGAAGCACGCAGUUGAUGCUGACGGACAUUUCGGUGGAGGUAUCGAAUCUGAUGAUGGGAAUGAGGAAACUGAAAUGCCUGGCGUGAUUCGUGAAACACUCGAAACCAAGAAAUCCAAGAAAGAUCUUAAAAAAGCAAAAUAUAGAGAACAACAGUUGAAGACUCUACCGACGCUAGACGAUGAAGUUGAGGGGAAAAGAGGAACAUCUUACACCAUAGAGAAGAAUAAAGGACUCGUCCGUAAGAGAAAGCGAAUUGAGGGAACAGCAAGAGCCCAUAACCGUAUGAAAUAUGAAAGGAAACUCAAACGACUUAAAGUAAGAAUGACUAGUCAGAAAUCUUGUCAUUAUUUUGUACCACAGGGAACGCAACAAGAUAUGCGGGAGGGAACUGCUUCUGGAAACUACGGUGGUGAAGCUACUGGUAUUAAAACGCACCUGAAGAAGUCCAUAACACUGGCUUAG